ACGAAACAUCCAACACAGCAACGAUGAAUAAACUGAUACUUUGCUGUCUCAUUAUCGUCAGCUUCUCCUGUCCUCUCUUGUCUCUCCCCAUCAUCAAUGCCAGUGAGAUGUCUUAUCAACACUCAGCUGAUGAAGAUUCGAGGUUAAACCUGGAGAGGUUGGGCAGCACCUCCCUGCUCCAGCUCCUGCCAGAGCUCCUGGGCACACUGACUGAGGACAGCAAAGCAGGUCUCACCCCCAGCAACUACAACCCAGGGGAAAAUAUCAAAGAGACUUUCUACGGGAAUCAUCCUCGAAACGCUUUCCUGGGACGCUUCUUGAUCAAGGACAGGAAACAGUACAAGAAACGUGGGAAUCUUUCUGAGUGCUUCUGGAAAUAUUGUGUGUAAACAGGAAACUCCCUGAAUGGUUGCAUAAUUUAUACAGAUGUCUGAAAACAUGUAUAUAAAUUCGCUUGAUUUAAAAUGAGAAUGAAGAAACACGAAGGUGGCGCCUAACUUUAGACUCUAUG